GCUUGAAAAGCAUUCGCAUCUACCUCAUCCUGGCUCAAGUCUAUCUUCUCCGCCAACUCUCAUUGCUCAAAAUUCAUAACAACGCGUUCAAGUGCGUCUGAACGUCCCCCGAGAACCUUGGUUCUCUAGUUUGAUGGUAUUUGCUACCACUCAUCGGUCGAAGGAAUAGUCUGGUUCGUUCCCAGAAGGCAAUGUUUGCUUGUUUCAAUAGAGUCUCGGACAAGCAUCAUGAUCUCAACACGGCCCGUCUACACUUCCGAUCUCGAAUUCUUCAGACGCAGUGAUCGAGGUAAUCAUAUGCCAUUGAGCCAAAUCCAUCAUAUCCAGGACUAUCAUGAGCCCUCAGGACAUCUGAGCAACCGGACUACUCCAUCUUCGGAACCAGACAACAGAACAACAGGUGGGCCGAGAAAGCGUGUUCCAGUUGCAUGCGAACGAUGCCGCAAGCGCAAAAUCAAGUGUAGCGGGAACGAAGGAGACAACCAGAGUUGUGCAAACUGCAGAAAUGCCGGGCACGGUGAUUCCUGUCGCUUCUUGCGAGUUUCUUCGGCCGAUGUGGGCUCUUUCAGUCUGCGAGGCUGGCAUUCACCUCUCCGAUAUUCGCCUUAUUCGGUGCCUUCGUCACACCGUCCCGAAUAUGUACCCUCAUCCUCAAGAUACACUCAACAAACCUCCGUGACUUAUCCAACUGUUCACUCGAACAUUGAAUACGCUCCUUAUGGAACGUCAAACCCCGGUGUUGACUGGACCAAAGCACCCUAUAUUGGAACAUACUCUCCAUAUCCCGAUGACGAAGAACGGAGCCCAUACACGUCCCAUCCUCCUCCUUAUAUCCUUCCUAACACUGAUCCAAUGUCAUCUGCAAGUGGCUAUUAUGUUCAUACUCAGAAUGUCCGCCCAAACCCUGGUACGCUUUGGUCUGAGCAGCAAAAUUGUCUUCCACAGCAAAAUACUUCUCUGUCAAAUCCAGCAUUCACAGUUGUCUCAGAACCUCAACAGUCAUAUGCUGCGACCGUAGCACUUGGCAGUCUAUCCUCCGAUCGUAUUCUACCCACCCCAUUUUCUGCCCGUGGCACAAGUUCAACGCACGGAAGCUCACUGGAUAGCGUUCCAAAUUCUGCGUCGACCCAAAGAAGCUCAAUAUACUGGUCUCCAGACUCUGUUGCUUCUACUCAACAUCUUCCAUCUCAAGUCGACAGCGAUGCAAGCCAAGAGCAUCUCGAUGAUAGGAGGAACGCAUCUUACAGCUUGCAUGACAUGUCAUACAGCCACAUGGCCUUGGGCGACAGCCUUUCUACAGAUAUCUUACCCAUUGGACUCUCUCUCACUGCUGAUGUGCCACAUACAUCUCCUCCUGUCGUCUCUGCUGAAGGCUUGCAAGCUCAUCAAUCCCGUAUGCAGGCGUCCCGAGAAAGUCCAAAAUCCCACUCAGACAACACGUCCGUCACGUAUGGUUACACGGCACUGAUGACAGGUCGCAGUUCCCAAGUGAGGACGACCUCAAGUCAGCUCUCAAACGGGGCAUUGUAUUGCCGCUCCCAACCACUCGUGACACGACCAGAAUCCAUGCCGGAAGGUUGCAGCCCAGACUCCUCAGGAUGCCCAAUGGACUCCACUCGAGGCUCAAUCGCUACCAUCAGCAAUGUGUCGUCUGGAUACUGAGCGAAUCACCUAUCAUCUCAUUUGGCG